AAGAGAGAGAGAGAACAAGGUGUGGAGGACCUCACAAAGCAUCGUCAUCAGACACCUGUCAGUGCAGGUGGAGAGUCUGGCUGCAGGACACCUGAACUUCGAGCUCUCUCUGGACCACUCUUCUUUAACUCUGUGGACUGUUAUGUUUUGUUUUGUUAUUUUGUUCAAGAUUUUGCACAAUUAAUUGCUAUUUGUGUUUGGAACAUAUCUGGCAGUGUUUUAAAGUUUUAGUCUCAUUGCUGCCACCAGUCAGUGUGAGGACUUCAGGAGUUUUCUGAGGACUCUUGGAGAAGGAAGAUUUGUCAAAUCAAGCUUCAUUGGUGAGACUCAUUCUUGUGCCUGAGACAUCCUCAAGCUUUUAAGAAAGGGCCUAUGGCAGACUUCCCGUCCGAGGUUACCACGGAGACCAGCGUUCCCCAGCCCCAGAGCUCCACAUCAGGAAGAAUGGUUACCAGCAUCGGCUCCGUGAUUGACACGUCCUUUAUCAGAAGCAUCCCGGCUAUCCUCAUGAUUGUUGAAAUACUUGCGGGGAUGAUCCAGUGGGCUCUGAUAGCCAGCACCGCCUUCACAUUGGAACCGGCGUACGGCUGGGUGAUGUUUGUGGCCAUCGGUUUCUGGAUCACCACCACCAUCCUCUUCGUCAUGUCGCUGUGUGCCGUCCAACAGAAGAUGACAUUCGUGGCCUGGCCCCUGGCGGAGAUGAUGUACAAUGGCAUAGCCACGGUCCUCUAUUUCGUCGCCUUCGUGGUUAACGCAGUAUAUGUGAAUGCCUUUGUGCACUUAUAUUUUGGACACCUGGCAGCUGCUGCUGCCUUUGGUGUUGUGGUGACCUUGGCAUAUGGAAUCAGCGCUUUCUUCUCCUUUUUGUCCUGGAGGGAAGGAAACGUUGCCCCCGGCACAGUGCCGACCUAAGACACUCACUGCUUCCGGGAAACUACUCCAGUGUUGAUACACGACUAUUACUUCACUACUACUGCUGACUCUGGAAAUCAUGACCAUAACUGAAUCCAAAUACUAACAAUAAGAUGAAACCUAUUCCACUAAGUCAAUCUGAUACGCUCGCAUCAACACAAAUACACUGAGGCCUCAACCUCAGAACUGUAUGUAAAAUAUUUAUCAAAUGCUUUACCAUGCACAUAAAUAGUUUAACAUUUUAGGUAAUUUACUAAGUCAUUUUCUUGCUGUGAUAAAUAUGAAGCUAAUGAAGGAAUCCCUUUAGCUUAGCUUAACAUAAAGACUGGACACGUGUAGAUACAAAAUCCUCCAACCACCACCUCUAAAGCUCUGGGCAUUUUAAUGCAAAGAUAAAAAGUUGCUGUUCUAAUGUGGAAUUACAAUGGAAGAUUAAGACUCUAUCCGUGGGAAUAUGGACUUUUUCCAGACUGAUAUCUUCUCUUGCAGGAACCACUACGAACAGUGGGGCAAUCUGUAACAACAAUAUGUCAAAUAGCAGAGAAAAACAUUCUGUCAUUUCCUUCUUUCUGGCAGCCUUUGAAAUCGCAAGUGCUGUGGACUGAGUAACAUUAAACACGCAGACACAGAGACUUUAGUGAGCUGCUAAAGUGGUGCAGUAAGUUCAGUUGUAAACUUGUAACUGCUAGCAUUACCAAAUUUAAAGAAAGACAAGAAAUCCUCUGUUUUCUAUGUUUUAACUACCACGUGGGACAUAAAUGUUGUUUACAUGCAGAUAAAAAGCCAAAAUUAAGGGAAAAAUCUUCAUUUUGCAAAAAUAUUCACACAUUAGCGUAUACAUGGCCUAGCUUUGUGUCGUGACCAGUUACAGUGACUUCCUGGGGUGUUGUCCCAGGCAAGAAACAUAACAUCUUUAAAACUAUAGCAUGUUUUUGCCCUUGGUUUAUGUGCAUAUUAAACAAACAAGAUGUCAUGCUUUAAGAUGUGAGCUGUAGCGGGUCUGGUAAGUACAUUUUACCUUUGGGCACACCCAGACUAACUGUUACCUCCAGUCUUUAUGCUAAGCUAGGCUAACUUCCCGCUGGCUGUAGAGUAAGGAUUAAAGGUACAGCUAGGAGAAUAGUAUCGGUCUUCUCUUUUAAGUCUCAGCCAGAAGCUAUGAGUACACAUUCCCAAAAUGUGUAACUAGCCCUUUAAAGAUUGCUCAACUAUAUCAGAAAACUUCAAAUUUUGGGGGAAAAACUGCUAAGGAAAAUACAAAAAGGGUCCUGAGUAAACUCCACUUGUUAUUUUCCUAGAAUAAGGCCAAAGAUGAUCAAAUAUUUCAACCUGCAGGCACUGACUGUGGUUCAAAUUAUUAAAGGGAAAUAAAAUCAUGCACCAAAAAGUGUGAAAUGUUUCUUUUCCCUUGUGAGCUUUCAAGGAACCACAAUUAAAUCCAGCGUUAUGGUGGCAAAAUAUUAAAACUCUACAGCCCAAACUUCACAGCAUUUUUCAUGGAGAUUGAUGUAUUCCAUUACUGUAAGUCCAUGAUUUCAUGAAGAAAUUUGAUAAUUGAAGGUUUGUUUUGUACGUUCUUUGUUUACAGAGCCUUUUCUUGCUAUUUGUAAUAAAUGGUAAGUUCUUAGACACAGGCAUCUCUGACUGAAACUCUUGUUAUUCCCAUUUAAAAUGUACACAGAAUGUUUUGUUGAAUGCAAACUUUUGUUUUAAUCCUGAAAAUGAUAAUGAAAACAUUUUUACCGCAUAUAAAUGAGUCCUGACAAUGAUUCUAAUAUUGUUCCAGUAGUGUGCAAACCAUUUUGUGAUUUAUAUGAAAGUCUGCUCAACUCCUUAUGUACUGUAGGUGCCUUUAUGCAAUAUGUUGUCUUUUUGUACCAAUAAUUUGAAUGACUGUGAAAUCCUGUGGUGAGUGCUCCUGCUCAACCAUGCACUUCAAAUAAAGCACUAAGUGAUUUCAA